CAAAAAGACAGGACCUAAUGAGAGGAGAGCGUGCAGGAUUUACAUUUCGUGUUGGUUCUUUAGUAGAUAUCUGUCAAAACACUUUCUAAAAGAUUCUUUUUUGCCGCUGACGCGCUUGCCAUCUAAAACCUGGUGCGUAAAACGAAAAGUGUUUGAGUCAGAGUUUGUGAUAGAGAGAUCAGAAACCCACCCAGGUUGACACUGAUGACUUGAAAUCCAUUUUCUGCUCAAUAUCGCGAUCCGUUUUCUGUCUUAAGUUCACCCAUACGGCAACUCUGGGUCUUCUCUGAACCGUGCGUAAAAGGGCUGGGUUCCAAAGACGGGGUUCCAAAUCUGAUCUAAAACUCUGAGCUCCUGACCCCGCGGCCGCUGCGCGUCUGGCGUGUUGCGAUUCAAAAAAAAAAUGAUGUCAUGCAAAGUCACAAGGGGACUCGGGAUUUACCAAGUACCUUCCAGUUGAGCAGGAGUCCUGCCAAGUAAAGAACGACCUCCUCCUCUACUCCUCCUCUUCCAGCGGCGACAAGCGCAGAGAAUCGACGGAGAAGAAUUGAGCAAAUUAUCUACUUUUCCGCUCUCUUUCCUGGACGAUAACGAUCGGCAAGGUCUCGGCUCUCCGCACGCCGUUAUCGAGCGAGCUGCGGCCGCCCGAUUGUCGUCAAUAAGCGGGGAAAUAGCGUCGGUGAUUUGGAAGGGGGGGUUCCCGGCAGAUGCUGCCCUUUCCUGCGGGCCAGUAAGGAGCAACACCGACCCCCGGCUUCUCUCCAACAGUUUGUAGUUGUAGUUGUUUUCGCAGCGCGGUGUAUGCGGAGGUGAUGGACGGUCCUCUCCGCCGCCCAGCGGGGAUCCUCAGCUCCCCUCCGGCUUCUGGGAGCCAGCCCGCGGGCUCAGACAUGCUCACCUCCGGCGGCAGCGGCAGCAAGCCUCUCGCUUUCUCCAUCGACCGGAUUAUGGCCAGGACACCCGAGCCCAAGUCAAUACCGCUUCCCAACUGGUUUCAGUCCGCUCCCGUGGGGAAACCCGAUGUUUGUCCGUCCUCGCUACAUUGCAUGAUCCCGCUGGUGCCGCUCGGGUAUGAGUCGGGCCACCGGCUCAGCAUCACCGGCCUGGAUCCGGGCCACUUAGACUCGUCUUCUUUCCCGGCUCCCGCAGACUUUUGGGGCUUUGGGUUGAACUAUAAGAACCAGCAGGAGGACUCAACUGUGAGCCAAACCACAGGCCAGUACAAACUCUUCAGACCCCGGGUGGUGAACCAGUCCUCCUUCCCCACCAUGGGCACCGUGUGCUACCUGAACUGCAGCGGGGACAGCGGUGCGUGUCCCCCGUCGGCCGGCCUCGUCAACCUGCACCCGAUGGCCUCGUACCUGCUCACCGCCCGGCACAAAGCCUUCAUGGCGGAGAAGAGCAAGCCGGGCCUGCAGCAGGCCGGGGAACGGUACCCGGUGUCCGGCGUGCAGGCCUUCAAGGAGCUGUCUCAGAGCCAGAUCGAGCACUACAUGAAGGAGCGGGACCACAUCCUCACCGACAAGAUCUUUAAGGGCUCCGCGGUGGCUGCGGCUGCGGCCGCCCGGCUGAACGGCUCCUGUUCAGGCAGCAAGCCCAAAGUUUUCACCUGUGAGGUCUGCGGCAAGGUGUUCAACGCGCACUACAACCUGACGCGCCACAUGCCCGUGCACACUGGCGCGCGACCGUUCGUGUGUAAAGUUUGCGGAAAAGGUUUCCGGCAGGCAAGCACGUUGUGCCGACACAAGAUCAUCCACACUCAGGAAAAGCCUCAUAAGUGCAACCAGUGCGGGAAAGCCUUCAACCGGAGCUCCACCCUCAACACGCACACGCGCAUCCACGCGGGAUACAAACCGUUCGUGUGCGAGUUUUGUGGCAAAGGAUUUCAUCAGAAAGGAAACUACAAGAACCACAAGUUGACGCACAGCGGGGAGAAGCAAUUCAAGUGUUCCAUCUGCAGCAAGGCGUUCCACCAGGUGUACAAUCUCACCUUCCACAUGCACACACACAACGACAAGAAGCCUUUCACCUGCCCCACCUGUGGCAAGGGCUUCUGCAGGAACUUUGACCUGAAGAAACACAUCAGGAAGCUGCAUGAUCCGGCUGGCGCACCAUCACCCCCACAAGCCUGAGAGACCCCAACAACGACUCUGUCCCCUUCAUCACAACACAUCAAAAGAAAAAAAGAAACCUUGAGACCCCCUGACCUCCACCAUCACAUGUCACACUAAACGUCUGUCUGCUGAAGGCAGAUUUAAGAAGCCCUGCAGGUGUCAGGGAAAAGAAUUUUCAUCAAUUAGGAACUUAUACCCCCAUGUUAAUAAGUUCUGUGCUUUCUUCACUCUAAUUAUACAUGAUUAAUAAUAAUUGGUGCCGUAAAAUAGCUAAACCAUAAAUAUUAAUUUAUAUUGUGUUUUGUCCCCUGGAGUUAGUAUUUUUACUCUGAACAUACCCUUAAAAGCUUUUUAAGACUAAAUAUCUUUAAAUCUGACCUAUAAUUUCUUUUUAUAUGUGCUCAAUAUAGUUCUUUUGUUGCAUCAUUUUAGUCAUUUGUACCCUGAAAUUAUUUAAUUCUGCUCAUCUGUAAUAUUAUCAAAGAUGUCAACAUCACCACCACUGAGGCUGUGUCCUUCAUGUUAUUUUUUGGUAUCUGCUGAGCACUUUAUUGUGCAUAAUUACAUUAGAAAAAUACAAAUGCUGGACUGUGAAAGCUGAUUCUGAUAUUUUUCAAUUAAACAGUUUGAAUUUUGAUAGCUUCACGGGGAAACAAAAUACCUGAUUAAAUGAAUAUGUGUGCAGUAUUUGUGCACACUACCAUUAUAUCUGGGCUGUGCAGAGGAAGCUGAGACAGAAUUUAGACUGGAGGUAAAUUACACUUAAAAUCAGACAAAUGUCACUCUUUGUAAAAUGAAAUGUUAUAAGAUAGCAGCAUCAAAAUAUGCACCUAUGGAUGUUUAGUGUUUCAAAAAAUCCUGGUGGCAGUCAAAACUGUUUACUAAACCUGAAGCUGCUUUUUUUUAAAUUAGUCUUUCAGGAUUAAUUAAUAUGAGGGUACAAGUUGUUAAAUUGCAGGAACUACAUUAAAAGGAAAACCAUUCUUUAAUUAAGUUCCUUUUCUGACUUUUGCUUAAAGUUACUUUAAAGGAAUCCCCUGCUGAUCUAAAAAAGUCAGAGAAAAACACAAAUAAAGGUCAAAAUCUAUGCAGUGAGUCAAGCUCCAGAAACAUUGGAUCCUACAUUUCCCAUGAUGCACUGAGUCAUUUAACUAGAAUCUUCCUAUCUGGUAAAACAACCCUAAACUUUUACAACUUAGAAGAACAGUUUUCAUCGACUGAGGAGGAUCAAUGCAUCUAAAAGGAUUGAUUUCUAUGUGUAUAAUGGUUAAAGUGCUCCUUUAGAUUUUGACUAACUGGCAUGUUGUUUGUGUGUGGCCACUUCUGAAAUGGAAGAUGGUUUACCUUUUACCUUUGGUUUACCACAGGGGAGUUUGCCAUUGUGACAGGUAAAACAAUACAGUGAUGAUGUCUCUAUUUCUAAAAUUUAAAAUAGUCUAAUAACAGACAUUUCUUUUGUACAAGUGUCCUCUGAUGCUCCGCCGCAAAUGUGGUUCAGAAGAAGCACAAGGGAAUACCUGUCCUCGAUUCCCCUAUUUGCCUCUCAGGCCUGUUGUCCCCAAACUUGGCCCUUUCCCUGUACUUCACCUUUCAAAAAACACCCAAAAACAAGCCAUUAGGACACUUGUCAAUCCCCCGGGCCCUGUGCUAUCCUCUCAGACCUAAUGCAACCUGACCCCAACCCCUGACCUCUGACCCCCAAUGCUGGCCUGGACUUUACCCUGAAUGGCUUCAGUCUCUUAGCCUGUGUUGGACCGAGGACAUUUGACAGAAGAGAAACUGAACUUUCCUGUCCUCUGAUUAUUGUUUAGUUAUUCUAAUAAUGAUGGCUAAUUAUUGCAUCAUUAGUCAUCAGUGAUUAUUAGUCCCUUAUCUUUCAGUUGGAUCUCAGGAUGUGAGAUUGCUGACCUGUGAGACCAGAGAUGUGGCAGCGAGGAAACUGCACACAUCCUGUUAGAUUUUAUUGUAUUUUAUUGUCCAAAACUACAUUUUUUCUAACAUUUUAAAGGACAAUUCUGGUGAUAUUCUAUAUUUUCUUAAUGUCAACAAAUCCCCAAACAUAUACACUACCAUUCAAAUGUUUGAGGUCACUUAGAAAUGUCCUUAUUUUUGAAAGAAACACAUUUUUUUUCAAUGAAGAUAACAUUAAAUGAAUCAGAAAUACAGUGUAGACAUUGUCAAUGUGGUAAAUGACUAUUCUAGCUGGAAAUGGCUGAUUUUUAAUGGAAUAUCUACAUAGGAGUACAGAGGCCCAUUUCCAGCAACCAUCACUCCUGUGUUCUAAUGCUACAUUGUGUUAGCUAAUGGUGCUGAAAGGCUAAUUGAUGAUUAAAUAACCCUUGUGCAAUUAUGUUAGCACAUGAACAAACGUGUGAGUUUUCAAGGAAAACAUGAAAUUGUCUGGGUCACCCCAAAGUUUUGAAUGGUAGUGUAUGUUUUCUCAUGUCAGAUUGCUGUUUCAGAUUUUCCCUUGGAUAUCUCUGUCUGCACAGAUGCUGUUCGUAAAUGCUUGGGAAACGCUAAUGUAACCAUUCAGCUCUGCAAGUUGCACCCUGAAAUGUAGUGAACUUUCGCAAAAUUCUACUUGGGACAGAGAUUUUUGUGGUGGGUAAAACCAAAUCCUAGGACCUUUAUCGAGACUCUGCUUUUCUCUAGUUUAAAUGCAGGUGGAAGAACUGACUUUUUCAAAAGAUUCUCAGGAUCCAGGUAACCUUCCUGGGGUGGAAACAUAGCUUUAUUAAGAGUGGAGCUUCCUAUCACAGCUCCUGUAGAUGUGUGAAGACAGUUGUGCAUUAAGGAAGCAUUACAGGUAUGUCAAGUGCACUCACUGUCAGUGUGACCUCCAAACAAAGAGGUUUAGAUAAUCUGGAUAAACUGCUUUGAGUGAUGUCACCCUAUUCACAGAUCCUACCAAUUAAACUGGUGACAAAGUGUUAUAAUUCCUGAUGGAAAUGAUGUACAAAAUAAUAGAAAACAACACUCUAAUUCAGACCUACCCCUGAAAAUGUAGUACUCUGUGCUGCAUUUUAAAAUGAGUAUUAUUCACAUGCUGUUCAUGUGAACUGGAUGAGAACACCACAGCUAAUGAAAGCUGAGGAUGGCAAGUUUAACCUCCUACUUAAGAGCCACGUUUCCAUUCAAAUGUGGCCCAGAUUUUAUUCAGAUUUUGACAAAAUCAACUAAAGAAAAUGCAGAUUAAUGUCUGCUUUCGUGAGAUGAACACAUGAAGUUGGUUCACAGAGACAAGCACUGUUUGUGCUCAUUCUCCAGUCAAUGCCGAAACACCCUGCAAAAGAAGAGGAAGCAAUGAAAGUUCAGAAAACACAAAAUAUUUCUGUUAGCUUCAUGUGCUAAUGCGAAGAAGGUCAGAAGAUUCUUAUUGCUUCACACAUAUCAGACAUUUCAUCUGCCAUUAUCCUUCUCUCUCAUGAAGUGGAGCUUCAUGUUAUUUAUUCUCCAUGUCUGCUUCUAUUGUAGAUUCCUUUUGUUGCACCAUUUCAAUAAUUUUGAGAUUCUUUUAAAUUCAGUGUUUCCAUUAAUGAUUUUUAAUGUGCAAAUUUAAAAUGCACAUGAAACAGGUGGAUAGAAAUACACCAGUUGUUUCAUAUAAACUUUCACUUGCUGAUGUACAGAGGCCCUGUACAAGGAACAAAACACACAUUGGUUUGGUCACAUCUCUGGUCCUGACUGACAAGCUGAAACUUUAGUCCUGUUAGUCUGUUGCUAUUUUUGAUUUCAAUCUCAGGAUUAUUGUUUAAAAAAAAAAAAAAAGUGUUUUAUGAUAUUUAUUUUAAAGUGUACUACUCUUAUAACUUAAAGAGAAGCGCAAAGCUGAUGACUACGGUUUAUAAAAAAGGUUUGUUGUCAUGUUGAAAAGUUUUUGCUGGACCUAAUGCUGCAAACGCUUAAUAGGGAAACAUAAUUAAAAUCAA